AUGAGGACCUCAACUGAGAACGAACGUCGCAGUAUAGGCGGCGUGCAUGGGCACCGCACAUCACCCUCCUCCACGGGCUCCUCGUCACGGAGCAAAAACAGCCUGCCCGCUCUGCCGCCGCGCGCCGUGACCUCUUCGAUGGAAGAGCCUCACACAGGCGGCAGCAGCAGCGGAUCCCUCAAAGAGCAGGAUCUCAAAGAGAGAGAGACCGGGAAAGCGUCAUCCAAAGAGAUCAGGGAGCGAGAUGACAGGAUUGAAAGGCUGGAGCGCGAGCUGCAAGUCAUGGAGAGGGAGUUCACAAGGGAGCUGGAUCGGUUGUCCCAGAACGAAUCAGAGACAGCAACUUUUUGGCAGUCAAAACACAGUGCGCUGAACCAACAAUAUCUACGGACGGACACGGAGCUGCGACUGCUACGAUCCGAGGUCGAGGUACGAGAGGCAGAAAGGGACGAGCUUCGACAGGGCUGGGAGGUGCUCCGAAGAGAGCUUAAGGAAAGGGACGAGGAGAUUCGCGGUUUACGAAGCCAGGUCCGGGGCCUCAAACAGUUUGUGAGCACAAGCACGCGGACGGAUGGCUCGACGAGCGACGAGGUCUUUGGCAACGGCAUGGCGCGGUUGGGCAACGGCCUGCAAAACUGGAUCAUGAACAACUUUCGCAGGAGCCAGCUCGUUUUCGGCAAGGCGGACGAAAGAACCCUCGCAGAAAUUGCCGGGCUCGUGCCCAUGUAUGAGGAGCUGACCAAGGUGUACUUUUUGCAGUCUCUGGUUUCCAGUAUACUGGUGGAGAUGGUCUUCGAGGCGUACUACGUUGGCCUCUCCCAUGAGCAAACCGAACAGUUCCGCAAGAUGGAGGACAUGCUGCGGUCUUUCACUGGCGCUGAUGAAGCCGUCAACCAGUGGCGCUCUGCGACGUUGACAUUGAUCCAACGGGAAGCACCCCAACAGCACGCCGCGGCUACCACGUCCUCUGUUCUAGACCGCAUCAAUCGCAUACUGGACGCCAUCACGACCGCGACGCCCAGCGAGACGCGAGACUCGAAACUGCGUGUUCUCAUCAACAACUCGAUAGAACUUGCGCAGCUGCUCGCCGUGCAGAAAGCUGUAUUACGCGUCACCUUUCCUCAUAUAUUGCCUCAUCAGCGCGUGCUCUUUGACGCGGACACAAUGGAGGACAUUGGCGGCGAGGACGAGGAGAGCCUGGCGAGCGGAAGCAGGGAAAUCGCCUGCGUGGCCUUUCCCGGCGUGGUCAAGCAUGGCGAUGAGAGCGGAGGGCAGCUCCAGUUCCGCAAUGUCAUUACCAAGGCAAGAGUGCUUUGUAGACCGGAGGACUAA